AACAUUCUAGAUACAAAAUAUCACUUCAUUCAGCAAUAAAUCAUACAGUACUCCAUAAUAUAUAUACAUACACUCGUUGUAUACAAUACCGGCUUCGAUCAAUUAUUACCCCGUAUUAUAAUUAUAAUAUUAAAAAAAAAAAACCCAACCAAAAAAAAAAACUCUUACAUUAUUAAUACCCCUUCCCAACUUCCAUCUCCCUUUCUCUAACUCUCUCUUCUUCCUCAGGAGUCUCUCCUACCCCCACCUCACUUCCAACCACAAAACCAGAGGAGAGAGAAAACUCAUUUUUGCGAGAAACUCCAUUUUACUUUCUUCUAUAAUUAUUUCUUCCCACCAUUUUUCUUCCAUUUUUAAUUUCUGGGUUUUAAUCAAAUCAUCCAAUUUCUUCAAAAUCCCAAUUCUUUCCCCAAUAAAUCAACCGAAUUUGAUCUGGGGUUUUUCCUUUUACUCAAUCAAAUGGAUUCCAACCCAAUCAAGGUUUCACCUUUAGAUCUAAUGAGUGCUAUUUUUAAGGGUAAUUUCGAGCAGCUAAACGCGUCGUUUGAAGACUCUUCUGCUGCUGCGAUCAUCGUUGAAAAUCGUGAAGUUGUUAUGUUUGUUACAACCUCCAUUGCUGUACUCAUUGGUUUUGCUUUCUUGCUCAUUUGGAAGAAAUCCAACGGUGGUAAAUCUUCCAAAGUUGUAUCGGAACUUCCUAAGCCGUUGAUUCUUAAGGAGGAAGAUGAUGUUGAUGUUGAUGAUGGCAAGAAGAAGGUUACUGUCUUCUUUGGUACUCAAACUGGAACAGCUGAGGGAUUCGCCAAGGCGUUAGUAGAGGAAGCCAAAGCAAGAUAUGAGAAAGCGACUUUUAAAAUUGUUGAUUUGGAUGAUUAUGCUGCUGAUGAUGAAGAAUAUGAAAGAAAAUUAAAGAAGGAAUCUUUAGCUUUCUUCUUUUUGGCAACGUACGGAGACGGUGAGCCAACAGACAAUGCAGCAAGGUUUUAUAAGUGGUUCUUAGAGGGCAAGGAUAGGGGUGAGUGGCUUCAAAACCUCCAGUACGGAGUGUUUGGGCUUGGAAAUAGACAAUAUGAGCAUUUCAACAAGGUUGGUAAGGAGAUUGACGAGCUUCUCGCUGAGCAAGGUGGAAAUCGCCUUGUUCCAGUUGGUCUUGGUGAUGAUGACCAGUGCAUUGAAGAUGACUUUUCAGCUUGGAAGGAAUUAGUCUGGCCAGAAUUAGACCGGUUGCUUCGGGAUGAGGAUGAUGUAGCUGUUUCUACUCCGUAUACUGCUACCAUUCCAGAAUACCGUGUAGUUUAUCAUGAGGCUUCUAAUGCAGCUCAGCAAGACAAGAGUUGGGCGAAUGCUAAUGGUCACGCUGUCUUUGACGCUCAACAUCCCUGCAGAUCAAAUGUUGCCGUGAGAAGGGAGCUACACACUCCUGCUUCAGAUCGUUCUUGCACUCAUUUGGAAUUUGACAUUGCUGGAACCGGACUAAAAUACGAGACAGGGGAUCAUGUUGGUGUCUAUUGUGAAAAUCUUGUUGAGACUGUGGAGGAAGCUGAAAGGUUACUUGGUGUGAAACCUGAUACUUUCUUCUCUAUCCAUACCGAUAAUGAAGAUGGCACUCCUGUUGCUGGAUCCUCACUACCACCGCCUUUCCCGCCUUGUACUGUAAGAGCAGCUCUCACUAGAUAUGCAGAUCUUUUAAGCUCCCCUAAAAAGUCUGCUUUGCUAGCGUUAGCAGCUCAUGCUUCUGAUGCCAAUGAAGCCGAACAACUGAGAUAUCUUGCAUCUCCUGCUGGAAAGGAUGAAUAUGCCCAGUGGGUAGUUGCGAGUCAGAGGAGUCUCCUUGAGGUCAUGUAUGAGUUCCCUUCAGCAAAACCAUCACUUGGAGUUUUCUUUGCUGCAGUGGCACCACGUUUGCAGCCAAGAUUCUACUCAAUCUCAUCUUCCCCACGAGUGGCCCCAUCAAGAAUUCAUGUUACGUGUGCAUUAGUUCUUGAUAAAAUGCCAACUGGAAGGAUUCAUAAAGGAGUGUGCUCAACUUGGAUGAAGAAUUCGUUGUCUCAAGAGGAGACCCAUAAUUCUAGUUGGGCGCCUAUUUUCGUGAGGCAGUCCAAUUUCAGACUCCCAGCAGAUGCAUCUGUCCCAAUUAUAAUGAUUGGUCCUGGAACUGGUCUAGCACCUUUCAGGGGCUUCUUGCAGGAAAGGUCUGCUAUGAAAGAAGACGGUGUGGAGCUUGGACAAGCAUUAUUGUUUUUCGGCUGCAGAAACCGUAAAGUGGAUUAUAUUUACGAAGAUGAGCUCCAGAACUUUGUUGAUUGUGGCGCACUUUCAGAGCUAAUAGUUGCUUUUUCACGAGAGGGCCCCACGAAAGAAUAUGUACAGCACAAAAUGAUGGAAAGGGCUUCAGAUGUGUGGAACGUAAUAUCCCAAGGAGGUUAUAUUUAUGUAUGUGGUGACGCUAAAGGCAUGGCACGCGAUGUCCACCGCACCCUUCACACAAUCUUACAGGAGCAGGGCGGUAUGGAUAGUACCAAAGCAGAAGCCAUGGUGAAGAAUUUGCAGACUACUAAUAGAUACUUGCGUGAUGUUUGGUAAUGACGCGGCUUAUUAACAUUCAGAAACAGCAGUCGAAAGACACAAAAAUUAUCGAAGGAAAGAAUGGAAGGAGUAUACAUUUGUUACGAUUACCAUCCUUGAAAUUGAUAAGGAUGCAUAAUCGUAGCUUAAUUAAUUAUUUAUGUAAUUCAUUUUUCUGUAAGAUGAUCCUUUUUUUUUGUUUUCUCUUUUUUUUUUUUGGGCAGGGUAUUAUUAUAUUUUGUAACAUAAUAAGUUGAUAUUAUAAGUAUAGUCAGAAAUUGAAGGAAAUUGUAAUUUAACAGUAAUUUUGUGAGACAGAAAGCUGUAAUAUGUAUGAAAAUGGACCUUCUUUAUUAUACAUUUAAUGAAAUUAUGCAUUUACAUUAGUUACA